ACGGCUGGAGGGCGUCUGCUGCCACCACACGCUUUCCCCUCAGCAUCCCCACACAUAGGAGAGCUGGCCAUGGUUUAUGUCCAGGAAGGGAUUGGUCAGUCCUCUGAGCCAAGUUCCCUGGUGGACCAUGAGCCUAGCGGUAUAAAGGGCAGCCAUGCAAGAAGCCGGCACAGCCUCUCCGAGCUCCAGCAAGUGGCCGGUCAGUGGCUGUGAGCACAGACCCCAGAGAUGAAGACCCUGUUCCUGGCCGUCAGCCUCAGCCUCAUCGCUGCCCUGCAGGCCCAGGAUGCCCUAGCCUCAGACGAGGAGACCCCAAUGCAGGAGAACCUUCUCCAGGUGUCAGGAAAGUGGUAUCUGAAGGCCAUGACAGCAGACAAGGAGAUUUCUGGGAAGAAGCUAGAGUCUGUGACUCCCUUGACCCUCAUGGUCCUGGAGGGAGGCAACCUGGAAGCCUCCAUCACCAUGCUGAUAAAUGGCCAGUGCCAGGAGAUAAAAGCUGUGCUGGAGAAAACUGAUGAGCCGGGCAUAUACAUGGCCAACGGGGGCAAGCAUGUGGUGUACCUCAUCAGGUCAUCCGUAAAGGACCACUACAUUCUUUACUGUGAGAGUGAGCUGCGUGGGACGAAGAUCAAGAUGGCAAAGCUCAUGGGCAGAGACGCUGAGAAUAACCCAGAAGCCCUGGAGGAUUUUAAGAAGUUCAUGGGAGCCAGAGGCCUCAGUCCGGAGCACUUCCUCAUCCCCAAGCAGAGUGAAACUUGCUCUCCAGGGAGCGAUUAGGGUAAGUGAAUGAGUUAGAGGACCCUGAGAGAAUACAAGACUUGGGUUCAGUGGCCCUGGAGGAGUCCAGGUGCCUCUUUUCCCACCUGGGCCAGGCAGGUGCGGGCUCUGGCCCCAGCCAGGCUACACGCAGGAGUGGCCUGGGAUGCGGCUCCUGGGCAGUGGGAAAGCCCCUCAUGGUGUCUUCCCCUGUGGCUGGGCUGCUGGUGGGGGACUUUCCAUCCUCCCAGAUCCCCUGAGGUGCCUGUAGCAGGUGUGAGACCCAGAUCCCUCCUCAGCACCUCUCGGGCCCACAAUAGUCACUGUCACCCCGUUUGCCUGAUGGGGUGCUUAAAAGACGCCAGGGUGUGGCAGGUGCUAAUCUAACGUGGGCUUCCUGGGUCCCUCACUGGCUGCACGUCACUGGGGAAUGGAGGUUCAAGGCUUGUCCUAGUCACCUGCCCAGCUGUGGGCAGAGCCAGAAUCCAGAACUGCAUUACAGUCUUUCCUCAACCUCCUGUUGGCCCGAAGGCCUCCCGUCACCUCUUCACACACGGAGCCUGUGGACAGCCUGCCAGAAGGAUCCUGUUCUGUCCACUCUGAGAUGGUGGCUAGAGCCCCUCAGAGCCCAGUCUGUGUCCCCAUCCCACAUAUAUCCCCACUCCCAUGUGCUCCCCCUAUUGCCCCCAGCCCCCAGGUGCUCCACCCUGCAGCUCCC